AUGGUCGUCAAAGUCUACUUCGACUGCACCUGGACGGGCCCCAAGAUCACCGUCGACAACAAGGGCGAGGUUACCUCGACGGGCGAAGUGACAGAUCAGUCCGGUCGCAUUAACUUCGAGCUCUUCGACGACGUCGUCCCCAAGACGGUCGAGAACUUCCGUGCCCUCUGCACCUUCGAGAAGGGCUUCGGCUACAAGGGCUCCAAGUUCCACCGAGUCAUCCCCCAGUUCAUGCUUCAGGGUGGUGACUUCACCCGUGGCAAUCAUCAGGAAAAGCAGUCCUCUAACACACAGCAGGGCACUGGCGGCAAGUCCAUCUACGGCGAGAAGUUUGGUGAUGAAAACUUCAAGUUGAAGCACACCAAGCCAUUCCUCCUCUCCAUGGCCAACGCCGGCCCCAACACCAACGGCUCUCAGUUCUUCAUCACCACCGUCGUCACCUCAUGGCUCGACGGCAAGCACGUCGUGUUCGGCCAGGUACCCGAGGGCGACAUCGAGUCAAUGCGCGUCGUCAAGUCGAUUGAGGCUUGCGGCACGAAAUCCGGCGGCAUCAAGUAUAAGAACCCGCCAGCCAUUGCUGAAUGUGGUCAGGCGUAG